GACUAAGUAAGGUACGUAGCGCCAUGGUGAUCAAUGAUCAUAAGGAUAAUGGCCGUACAUCAAGUCUCGUCAGCGAUUAGUUAAUUAAUAUUUAUGCUACAUACUUUAACGAAGACAUCUGAACAAUCUACACUGGAACAUCGUUCUAAGACUGGAGGAAAGGGCCACCUCACAGAAUGCCGUUCAGACGACACAGGAGCCUGGACAGCGACGAGGAUUCAGACCCUGACAUAAGUGACCCGGGGGAAGGAGAGCAGGCCAAGUUCCCGGUGUCCGACAGCACCAAGCUAACACGACUGCUCAUCCUGGGGGGCACCCAUGUCAUUCACCUGCAACCACGAUCUUCAGGCCCUCCCCAAGCUGACUCUGGUUGGUCGGUGGUUGACAAGAUGAUCCAAGAUGGCAGGGGGGAAGAGGUGGUCGAGGUCCUGAAGGACAUGAGUGUCAGAGGCAGGACCAGCAGGCAGGAGGGCCUUAUUUUUGCACUGGCUAUGUGCAUUCGCAGUCAAGACUCCAAGACGAAAAGGGCAGGCUAUGAUGCCAUCUCGGGAAUAUGCAGCAUACCGACCACAUUGUUCCUGCUCGUCAGCUACGUGGAGGCCAUCGGUAAGAUGCGCCAGCCACCCUCCACGGGCUGGGGGCGUGGCCUGCGGAGGGCGGUGUCCAUAUGGUACAACAGACAUGACCAUGACCCCGUGCCCCUGGCCAUGCACGUGACCAAAUACGCAAGUCGACACAAGUGGAGUCACCGUGACCUCUUCCGCCUCUCUCACAUCAAACCUGUCAACGCUGCCGUUGGUUUUAUUGUUCGUUAUGUCCUCAAGGGUUUAGACGAAGCCGAAAGGUUUUACCUCGAGGAUGGUUAUCUGGAUCGAGAGAAUCUUGAGAAGGUGCACAGGUACCUGAAGGGCGUGGAGGAGGCCAAAAUGUGCGAGGACGAAAAGAUGACAAUAAAACUCAUCCAAGAACACCGCCUGGUGCGUGAACACCUGCGCACCGAAAUGUUGAACAGUGCUGAGGUGUGGCGGGUCAUGCUUCCCGACAUGCCCCUCACUGCGAUGCUGCGUAACCUGGCCAAGAUGACCACCUUGGGUCUGCUUAACGACGUCACCAGCCUGAACAUGGUGAAGACAAAGCUUCUGAAUGUCGAGGCCAUGAAGAUGGCAAGAGUUCAUCCGCUGAAAAUUCUCAUUGCUCAUCGAACAUACGCCAGAGGAAAAGGAGAGAAAGGAAAACUAGUAUGGAACCCACACCCAGUCAUACUAGACACACUCGACAAAGCCUUUUACCAAAGUUUCAGCAUGGUGCAACCAACGGGGAAAAAAUUUCUGAUCGGUCUAGAUAUUUCCAGUUCUAUGGGUAGCGCCAUUCCCAAUUCAAGUAUAAGUUGUCGAGAGGCUGCGGCCUGUAUGUGCAUGGUCACAAUGAAGACUGAAGAGUGUUGCGAGGUCGUGGGAUUUCACGACAAACUGAUUCCAUUGCCGGAGUUCAUGGACAAAGACAAGACGCUGGACGACUUGGUCGUGUACACGCAGAACCUGGGCUUCGGCGCCACGGACUGCUCCAAGCCCAUGACGCACGCGCGCAAGAAGGGCAAGGACGUGGACGUGUUUGUCAUCCUGACGGACUGCGAGACCAACUUCCACAUGGUGAGCCCCUGGCGGGCGCUGCAGCGGUACCGGGACAAGAUGAACAAGCCCACGGCCAAGCUAGUCGUGGUGGCCAUGACCGCCGACAGUUUCAGCAUCGCCAGACCCGACGACGUCCACAUGUUGGACGUGGCGGGGUUCGAUCCUGACCUGCCGGAAGUUAUACGUGAUUUUCUGAUAGGCGACUUCGAAUAAAGCUGUAGGAUUCUGCCAGAGGUCUGCAAAAGAUUUACUAUCAGCAAGCUAUUGUGGCUCCUAGCUAGGCAUAUUUAAGCUCGGCGCUUGUUGUUGAUAGCAUUUGGGUUUCCCUCCUUCAGACGUUUUAUGACUCGAAUGCACUGAAUGACCCCAUUGGAGAAGGGAGUCUUAAUAGAUAUAAUAAUUUAAAAAACUUCGGUGUUUCUAAAUUGUGUUGAGUAAAAAGUUUGGUGGAAAACAGUUUUGUCUAGCUGCUCACGUUUUAUAUUUAGCUGACCCUAACCCUAGCCUGCUUUUAACACACUUUGUUGACAUUUUGAGGCAUGUAAAUAAUGAGAUAUUCAUCCGUCAUAUUCAGUGUUUUGACAAUGUGUAAAAGAUGCAAUAGUCGUGUUUAUAUUAAUAUAAAUAUCUUGGGACUGUAUAAUAGUUGUCUUAUUCUUGCUGAGACACAGAUGUUUAACAAAUAUUAAAAUGAUUUUUAUCUGAAGUUGUCUAAGAGUGAAAGUGUUUGUAUCUGAGGAAGAAAAUAAGCUGAUAUUUAUCGUGGUUUGGCAUUUGAGCAGAGCAUUAUGCAGCAAUAUAUGCCACUUCCAUCGCUUUGGUCCCAGUUGUUUUAAAAAUAAAACAAUAAUUGAUACUA